AUGCAUAUCCUCCACCACGUCGCCAAGGCCGGCGGCGUCACGCCGGCGACGCAGGACAAGGUUGCUGAGCGGUUUCCCCAAAUCGCCCGCUAUUACCGCGCCGCACAUGUGGAUUGGGCGCAUCGGUGGCAGAUGUCAGCAAGUUUCUGCGAGGCGAUCCAUUAUACGCUGGAGCUAGCAUCCUCCCACCCGGUCUUCGACGACCUACUCGAUGAAGCGUUCCGCACGCCUCUCACUCCGCAAGGCAAGCCACCACCGUUUGUACCCGGCUCACAGUCGGCCUUGUUUGCUUGGAAGCCCCAAUGGUGGUCUAUACCUAGCGACGAGGAUCUUGCUCUGGAAGCUUAUUUGACCGACCCAAACAUUCAAGACCGGAUGGGCGACGUCGACUGGCUGGAGCCGCUUGCGCCUGUUGCCUGGUAUUUCUCCGCUGCCGCCGUGGCCGUGGACUUCCUGAGCCGUCUCAGACGUGAACAACGCAUGCGGAUUCGAGAGAAAAUCAUCAUUCGAGAAGACAUGCGAGGUGCAGCUCACCCGGAGUGCCAUGCAAGCGGCCUGAUUCCCUGCUGCAUCGAAAACCCCAAGCUCAGGAUCGAGGUGCAUAUGGGGGUGUGGAAUAGUUUGAUGCCGCCUAUUUGGCUAGAGUAUCAAUUCUGGGAUUAUGACGUACCAACAGGUAUUGGCGCGCACCGUUUCCUUAGAUCCUUCGCCGAUUGGAUUGGGGAGAGCCUGUCCCUUUUCAGCUCUGGAAUGCCGGUUGGAGCCCUGCGCUUUAUCCUCGAAGGAAGCGAGAAGGAGACUCUCCAAGUCUGGACCAUGAUCAAACACGCCGCCGGUUUGCAAGAGACUUUAAUCCAAUCAGUCCAGGUCCAACAACAUGGCGAGAUCAGCCUCGGCAUCAUUCGUAACGAGUGGAAUCUGACUUGUGAGAGAGACUCUCUACUCAAGCGCUUCCAAUUACCUUGCGACCUGCCGGUAUCAUUCUGCGAAGCCAUCAAGCAGAUUGUAGCGGGCACCAGCAUCAUUCAGUUCAACGGAGACCCCGGUGGGCUUUGGAACUCCCGAGAGAUGAACAUGACGCGACGAUAUUGGUCACCGCAGGAUUUCUAUAAUGAAUGGAGCUCCCUCAGCGCCACGUCGGUGAGCCUCCCUACCGGUGAUGUAAGAUUCUUCUUUAAGAAGUAUGAGCUGCAAGCUCUUCUUCGCGAACAGAUCUUUUGA